AUGACAGCCGUAAUUGAAACAUACAUGGUAUUGCAGCUCAUGACGUGGCCCUGGAAGACGCCUUUGAUCAACCUGGCGGAUGGGGCCAUGAGCAUGAUGAUGAUCCUGCUGCUCUCCAUCGGGGCGGCCUUCCUCGAUGCCUUGGAGGAGCAGGUGAAGGCCACUUACUCCAGCUUGGCCGUGGGCGUUCUUGGCAUUCUCUACGCCAUUGCCUUCGUCUUGCUGUCUUUGGUCGUCGUGGCCCUGGUCCACAAGACCGCCAUGGGCUCCGCCAACGAGCUUCCGAUCCUGACGCUGGGGCACCCUCCGAGCAACGACACGCUGCGACAGGCUUUGGAUGCGCUGCAUACGACAUACGAGGAGGUCGACAGCAACACCAUAGAGAAGGCCAUUGAUGAGCUUAACGUCUACGACAGGCGGAUGCUCGCGACGGUCCUAACCACCUUGGGGCCCUACUUCUCGAAUGACCACAGAAUGCGACUCAUGAGUCGGCUCAGCGUCAGCACCAUCUCCUUGCCGUCUGUGAAGGCGAUACAGGAGGCAGAGCCUCUGAGCCCAGAGCAGUUGGAACACGAUCUGCAAGACCAGGACCCCAAAAGCUUGGUCACCGGAGAGAAGGGGGAGGAGCAGGAAGAGAAGACGGCUGGUGCGGAAGGUGGCGAGAACCAUGUGCAGCUUUCAGAGACGCGCAACAAGCUCCGCUUCGCUGAGGAGCUGCAGUUUGCAGAUGUUUGA